ACUCAACUCGUAAACGAUUCUCGAUUCCAACGGUCAACAGUCGCAGCAGAAUGCAGCACAAACGGUUCAGCUUUAGCAGUUUGGUGGUCGUUGUCCUAACGGUGAUGCUGGUACCUGGUGACGCCUUUCCCGAUGGUGCACCGGCCGAUACCUGCGUCAAGAGUCGCACGAACGAACCGAACCACGGUGCAGCUCGUACGCAAAGCCUUGCGGCGCUACCGUACCAGGUGGUGGCGAGUGGUAACGCAUAUGGUCCCGGCAACCAGAUACAGGUUACCAUUCACGGCCAUCGGGACGUGUUCCGAGGGUUCUUCCUGCAGGCGCGUGAUGCUCAAACGAACGAAUGGAUCGGAACCUGGUACGAGACACCGAACACGAAAUCGAUCCCCGAGUGCUCGUCCAUAACGCACGCCGACAACCGGGACAAGGAGCAGGCUACGUUCGUCUGGCAGGCACCGAAGGAUCGUCAGGGCCAGGUUUACUUUACUGGCACGAUCGUGAAAAACUAUGGUACCUACUGGUCGGGAGUUAUUGCCACCGUGCCGAACGCUUCGUUGCGAAGCUAAUAAGGUCAUCUGCACUGCAGGUUGUUGUGACCAUUGUUAUACCUUUUGUACCUUUUGUAAAUAAACCA